CACACGGCGACGCGCGCGCCGCGGGCAUGGAGCGCGAGUCGGCGCCGAUACGCGCCGCGCGUCGAGCGUUCGGCGCGACGGACGACGACGCGCGCGCGAGCGCGAGGGACGGCGCGCGCGCGCGCGGGCGAGGGCCAACACCAAAACCAAAGGCGGAGCUCGCGCGCGGAGGCGCGCUGGCGAGCGCGCGGAGCGCGACGCUGGCGCUGGCGAGCCUGUGCGCGAUCGCGGUGGUGAGCGCGCGACUGGACGCCGCGUCGAGGGGCGCGCGGGCGAGCGCGGUGGUGGUGGGAACGACGACGAGGACGAGGACGACGGCGACGGCGACGCUGCGCGAGGACGAGGCGGUGGAGCCGGAGUUGCGCGUGGGCGAUCGCAGCGUGGCGUACGUCGCCAAGGGAUGGAACGCGGAGCGAAGAUUGAUAGGGGACGAUAAGAUCGAGGCGAUUUGGGAAGGACCGGCGGCGGAGAACGCGGCGGGGGAGUUUGAGGCGACGAAGCCGAAGGGCGCGCUGUUGGCGCUGCACGGUUGUCAUCAUAGCGCGAAGGACUUCUUCGCGACGAACACGAAGUGCUCGCAGUGUCGAGGACUUGCGCAAGAAAUGGCGAUUACACGCACGGCGCUGAAUCGAGGAUACGUCGUGUUGGCGAUUUCGUCGUUGGGGACGUGUUGGAGCAAGGACAUCGACGCGCCGCGCGUGCAGGCGGUGUUGGACGUCUUUUACAACGACACCGCGCUGAGUGACUUGCCAUUGUUUGCGUUUGGUGCGUCGAGCGGUGGUUCGUUUGUGGGAGCGAUGCCGCAAAUGCAACUGACGCCGAAGGCGGCGGGUUUAAUUAUUCAAAUCGCUCCGGGACCGACGGCGUCGGGCGUCGUCGGCGAAGUUUUGGCGGAUUACCCGCCGACGGUGUUCUCGCACAUGCCGCGCGACGCGCGCACCGCCGAGUUCAUCGCAGCGUCGAUCGCAGACUUCCGCAACGCCGGCGUUCGCAUAAUUGAAUCUCGUCUAGAGCCGAGAGCGAUCGACGACGCAUAUUUCUACGAACAAAGUUUUGGACGAGUCUCUGAAGAGGAGAGCGCGGCGAUGGUCGCUUCUCUUCGCUCCUUUAACUUGAUCGACGCCCAGGGCUUGCUCACGGAGGAUCCGCGUUUGUUCGACGACGAUCAUAUCAUCAUGAUCAAACGACACGCACCGGAGUGGGAUAGCUUGCUCGCCGACCAGAGCGAUACGCGCGAGUUAUUAAACGUCGCGUACGCCAUGCACGAGCUCAGCGCGCAGGACUUUAGCAAGAACUUUGCGUGGCUCGUUCGUUCGCACGCGCGCGUCGCGCGCUCGACGUCUUAGUUCGAUUGGUGGGUUUUGUAAUGA